AUGGAUUUAGGCCGCCAGAAAACACGCCUGCGCUUCACGCCAUACAACCUCUGCCAGUUUACUCACAUCCCCGCUGAGAUGCGGCCCUCGGUCAAGGCCUGCUGUUCCUUUCUCUUUAGCAUUGGCAUGUUGGCAUCGGCCUCACGCGGCCCGCGGUUCGAUAAAGUCUCCUUCUUUAAGCUAGAGACGGUAGAGUGUUUGGGCGCGUUUACCGCGCACCAACACGGCAACAACGCGGCACACGGCCCCGUUUUGGCUGUGGUCUGCGCGGAGAUUCUGUCUUAG